AAAAAACCGUUGAGUAAUAAAAUUUGAAAACUUUACAAUUUGUUGGAAAAGUACUUACAAUAAGCAGUAAAAGAAAAUGUUCACCGUCACAAGAAGAAAAAAAUUAAUACCAAGGAGCCGUCGCGACAACAAAUCGGAAUACAUAUUCCACGAAAACGACUACAGAACCCCGAUAAAAAGCUCAACGUCCAGAAAACGCCCUCACGGAUCCCCUCCGAAGCCCAGCGUCCCGAAAAGCGACUCGCCUACCAGAAAACGGGCCAAAGUCGAAAUCAAACACCAAUACGAAAUCCGCCCGAAUCGCACCCGAAUGGCAGUGGUGCACUUCAACCACCCCGAGAUGCGGAUCACCGGCACCGAAGCGGAGAUCAUCAAGGAGAAGAUCACCAGGAGACUGGAGACCUCCAUCGUGCCCUGGGCGCAGCUGCUGGAGGUGGCCGACAUGAAGUUCGAGCACGGGCUGCUGUGGGUGUCGCUGGGCAACCACAAGACCGUCAGCUGGUUUUGGGAGACCGUGCACUCGUUCAAGAUGGACGGGGUGCAGCUGCGCGUGGUGGAGGAGAGGUUCGUGCCCAUCGACAUGGUCGUUUCGGUUUCCGUGCCCGGGAUGGGCAAGGACGACGAAAGGGCGGUGAGGAGUUCGCUUAUUGAGGACAACGAGCGUUUCCGCAUGGAUAAUUGGUUGUUUAUCAGGAGUUAUCCUAACGAGGACGAAACUGGAUUGGUCCUGGAGUACAUAAUGGGCACUCGAGAUUUCGACGAGUUGAGAACGUGCAAUUUACAAGGGUGGCUGGGUACGAAAUUAAUUAAGUUCAAAUUAAUUUAAUGUGUUUUUGUAUAAGUUGGUUAGUUGUAAGUUUACUUUUUAAUAAUAUGUGAUUUUGUAGCAAGAUA